GUGUGUAGGCACUUCCUGGUUAGCAGAAGCUGAGCCGCGCAGCUUUGAAGAGAACCUGUUCUCACGAUGAGGGUGGUAGCUUUAAUCAGUGGUGGAAAGGACAGUUGCUACAAUAUGAUGCAGUGUGUCAUGGCUGGUCACCAAAUUGUUGCCCUUGCAAACUUGAAGCCUCCUGACAGCGCAGUGGAUGAAUUGGACAGCUACAUGUACCAAACAGUCGGCAACCAGGCAUUGGAUGUUUAUGCAGAAGCCAUGGGGUUACCGCUGUAUCGUGCUACACUGUCUGGUGCCAGCCUCAACACAGGAAGAGGAUAUACUCCCCAAGAAGGAGACGAGGUUGAGGACUUGUAUCAGUUACUAAAGAUGAUAAAGGAAAAGGAGUGGGUAGAUGCUGUGUCUGUUGGAGCCAUUCUGUCUGAUUACCAGCGCGUUCGAGUAGAAAACGUGUGUCAGCGCCUUGGUCUUCAGCCAUUGGCUUAUCUCUGGCGGCGGAAGCAGGAGGACCUUUUGGAUGAAAUGAUAUCCAGUGGAUUGCAUGCCAUACUCAUCAAGGUAGCUGCGUUUGGUUUAGACCCUGAAAAGCACCUUGAGAAGACAUUAGAAGAGAUGAGACCUCACCUGAAACAGCUUUCUGCUCAGUAUGGUGUCCAUGUGUGUGGAGAAGGAGGAGAAUAUGAGACGCUCACCUUGGACUGCCCUCUCUUUACAAAAAAGAUUGUUGUUGAUUCCACAGAGGUGAUGAUGCAUUCUAAUGACGCUUUUGCUCCUGUGGCUUAUCUUCGAGUGCUGCAGCUUCAUUUGGAGGAUAAAGUGAGUAAUGCUUGCAGUGCAGCGCUGAAUUUAGGGGAGCCAUGUCCUUGUGAUGUAGACCAGCUUGUGCCACAUGAAUCAGAGCCACACACUGAAACAGAACAUAAACCGUUGGCAUUUAUACCCCAGCAAUGGCCAUCAGGUAGUUGUGUCCAUUGGUCAUCUCAGACUUGCAGUGGAUUCCGAUGGAUGAGUGGAGUUACGCCCUGCAGCAGUAAUAUACAAGAAGCCACCCUCACGGGCCUGUCAUCAUUUAAAGCACAAGUGGAAGAGAAGGGUCUACAGAUGAGCGACGCUGUGCUAGUUCACUUGUAUGUCCAAAGCAUGGAUGACUUUGCAGCCAUCAAUGCCGAAUAUGGGAGACUCUUUCCUGUGGCACCGCCUGCUCGAGUAUGUGUGCAGUGUUGUCUACCCCAGGACACUCUCUUUAAGAUGGAUGUUCUCUUCUGGCUGCCUGUCGUUUGCAGGGAUGACUUCACUGUAGAGAAGAUAGCCAUGCAUGUUCAGAGCAUCUCCCACUGGGCCCCCGCUAACAUUGGGCCCUACAGCCAAGCUGUGCGGGUUGACGAUGGAGUAUUCUGUGCUGGACAGAUUGCAUUGAAGCCCUGUACCAUGCAGCUGGUUCCUGGAGGAGUUGUAGCUGAGAGUCGUCUCUCCUUGCGCCAUGUAGAAAGAGUCUUGGAUGGCAUCGCCCCUGGCACUUCUUUGAGACAUGUGAUGGUUGCUCAGUGCUAUGUGACACAGAGCUCCCAUAUACACACUGCCCAGGAAACAUGGAAAGCAUCAUUUAAACAUCAGGAUAUUACCCCUAUGCUUACUGUGGUUGUAGUUCCCAAGCUUCCACGUGGGGCUGCAGUGGAAUGGCAUGUCUUGGCUUCUGUAAGUGAUCCUGUUGACCAAAGUUAUUUCUCAGCAUCCCUACAGAGAUCGGACUACCAGGCUAUGCUCAAUGGCUCCAUAUCCAGCUCUAAGACAUGUGCCACCCUUGUACUGUCGGUAUCUGCUUCUUCACCUCAGAAACAUGUGUUAGAAUGGUGCCAUGUCUGCAGUCUUGUUCGAGAUGUGCUCCAGCAAGCUUCCGCAGAAUGCUCUUUACAUGGUCUAAUAGCAGUGUGCUGCAGAACCUUCUAUAGGAGCAACAAUUCAGAGUUACAAAGUCUUCAGGAAGAUUUGCCGGUAAUUCUGAAGAAGGUGUGGGGGGAGAAUGCACCGUGUCUUGUGCUGGUUCCUGUAAUAGAUCUGCUCGGUCCUGAACUCCUAAACAUGUCUAUCUGGCUUAGUUGUUGAUCUCGUGGAAUGGUUCAUCCAA